AUGAGGACGUUGCUGUGCUUGACCGUGAUCACGAUGAUGAUUCGGCAGUCAUCGGCUGCAGAUGGGAGAUCGGCAACAGAUGACGAGAAACAGCCGUCUUCGAUGACCCUGCAAGAAUUGCUAAAUGCCUAUCAGGUGCUAUACGAGAGGCAGUUCCACGAGCCUUUGCCUGAAAACCAGAAAGCUCUAUUGGCUACACUUCCUCGAUUCAACGGUGACUCCACGCACAAAGCGCGCAAAUCCGCCAACUGGGCCAGAUCCUUCCAGCGAGAUGGAGAUGUGGACAACGAGAAUGGGAAAGAGCUGACAGGACUUGCGGUUGUCGAGAAGAGAGAGGCCUCGAGUGAGCCAACUGCAACAACGAUAAUAGAAAGAACCGAGGGUACAAAUGAACCGACAGCCACGACGGUGAUAGAAAAGAGAGAAAUUGCAAGUGGAGGAACUACGGAGAAAUUGAGGGGCUCUACGGCAGCACCUCCAGCGGAAAGUACAGCGGCAGGAACUAGUACAGUGAGCAACGGAAUUGCAGAAACCGCCACUAUGGAUGUGUCAAGGACAACAACAGAAGAGGAGAGGUUGAGCACUUUGUCCAGUGCAUCCAUGAACCCCUCAAUUACCACAUCCACUUCCACAGCCAGAUCGACAUCGGAUUCGACGAGCGCAAACCCUGUGCCUCAGGCUGACCCUGUAAAAACUACCCAAACAUUGGUGCAGAACCUACACGGACUUAAGUUGACGGAUCUGCACCCUGAGUUGAAACAUGCGUUAGAGGGGAAGGUCAAGCCUGUGAUUGUCCAAGAAGUUAAGGCAGUGUCGAAAUUGACAGAAGCACCGACAGCGACUGAAUCUUCACAAAACACACAACCACAAGAAAACACUUCUGAGCCCACGAAAAUCGUUCUAUCAAAACCUUUGGCAGUUAUGCCGAAAAAGGAAGUUGUCGAACUGAAGGCUGAAGUCACUACUAUGAAAACCACAACCGCAGAACCAAUAAGAAGGGAGAAGCUUAGCACUGCACCUACUACCAAUAGUAUGGUUCUUAUGGGUGAAGCGAGACCUGAAAUGAAAUCGAAGAUGCCAAUGAUGAAAAUGACCAAGUCAACUGUGCAGCCAAUGAGAACGCGAAAAAACCUACAAUCUCGACAGAAUGAACAGAAUAGAAGGGGCAAUCAAGGAGGCAGAGUAGCGAUGGUGAAGCCAAUGACCCGACAACAGCAGCAACAGCAGCAACAGCAACGGCAGCCAAACUUGAGGGUGAUAGACCACGUAGUUGUGCCAGCAACAACGCAGAAGAGAAUGCCAGCUCAGAACGGACGGGCAGUGCAAAACAGAAGACCACAAAUGCCGUCAAGGAGAGCUUCACUUCCGGCACGGCCACUACCUACCGCAGCAGCGGACCUUAAACCAACGAAUCCCGCACCUAGAAAUAGUCUUAUCGUCAUUCGUGAUGGUCGAAUUAUAGAACUCACCGAACAGCAACAAAAAGACCUCAAUUUGAUCCUCAGUGCUAUGGGCGCUCAAAAUGCGGAAUCGUCAAACCGAAGGAGAGCUCCAGUUCGCAGAGAAAGAAUGCCGAAUCGCCGAUUCCGACAGCAACCUUUUAGGAAGAUGCACGCAUAA